UUCUUAUUGACAUUCUUUACUUCCUGUUGUCAGAAGUUCGACAAAAGGAUAUAGCUGUGCAGCAUAGUGUUGUUUACAUGACAUCUGUCGGGUAGAAAAUGCCGAGAUCAAGCAGAAGUCGAGAGUCUGGGUCUCGACGGAGCAGAUCGUCGAGCGGCCGUUCUCGUGGCCGCCACAGACAUGACAGAGAACACCAUCACCAUCGGCAUAGCCACCACUCCAUCAAUUCCCAUCUCCGCCAGCUUUACAGGUUCCGCCAGAAACAGAAAGAGAAAAACUUCAAGGCGGCUUCCUGUAGUAUGAUUGCUAUUGUUGUGUUAUGCACUGCAUUGUCAGAGCCUCGUUGGGUGUCAUUAAGGGGCGGAGGCUGUACCGUAGGAGACGUACAGGGGACCGUAUCCACACCGUUGGACCAUCUUGGCGCUUACCAGUUUUUCUAUCCAGGGAAAUUCUACACUGAAGAUGCAAAUGAACAAUCACUUUACAAAUAUGGAUCAUCUUCCGAUGAUUAUAUGCAUAACUGUGUGACCUAUAAGGCUGUGGUCCUGAUGAAGGUCAUAAUCACCUUCACAUUCAUCGCCAUGGCCUGUUCCCUAGGAGGUUUCCUCUUAGAUCUGAUUGGUCCCUCCCGGAGAGCCCUCAAAAUUUUACGGAGAAAUGCAAUAUUGAAUAUUAUUGCUGUGAUAAUGUGCGUGAUUAUAAACAUGUUCUGCUACUGGUUGACGGCUGAGGUGCAGGCACUUCAGAAGCACACCAAGGUUCACAUUGGCAGUAAAGUAAAUGUAAACUUUGACAUCAGUUUUUUCCUGGUGGCAGCGGCUGGGGCUGUGGGAGUUUUAGCCACAGCCUUGAACUGUCUACGUAGGUACCCUGCCUAUGAUGACAGCCCAUCUGAAGCCUUACUGGAUGAUUUUGAUGGAAUGGAGGGACUGUUAGCUCCAGAACCUGAUGCCUCCCCCAUGGCUAAUAUUCCACCACCACCAGCCUACACUCCGUGAUAUCUAACUUUCAGGACUGCUGCCGUGCCUAAAUAUUUUCACACAGUGCUGUACAUUGACCUUGGCAAGACUUCACAUGAUACACCUGUUUUUAACACACUGUAAAGCUGUAAUGAGCUUUAUCUGUAACAAGACGAUUGUUAUGGUGAAAAUGAAUACAAUUCAGGAUUAAUACUGUAAACACAGCACUUGUAAUAUACAUCGCUUUAUACCAUAGGAUAUUGGAAAUAUCUGAACUCCAUUUCAAAUUUCGAAUUUUGUAUAAGUUCAUUUGUAAAAAAAGAUAUGUGUAAUCGUGUUAUAAAAACAUCCUGAAAAAUAUGCGAACUGUAGAAAACACUCUUGAUAAUCAUAGUUGUGAAGAAAUCUUAAAGAUGGGCUCCUGCUUAUUUUCACUUAUUUUUUGUUUCCUGUGAAAAUAUUUAAUGAUUUCUGUUUUGCCUAUAUAUAUAGAAUGUUAUAAGCUUUGUUUUAAUAGUUAAUCUGUAAAAGUUGACCACAGUUAAAGUUAUCAAAUGAAAAGUCUUGAAACUCUUGGAUUUCAUUCUAACCCACGCAAAAUUCUGCCUUGUCUUUGUAUUGAAAGCUCACUGGCUACUAACGACCAUGUGACACUCUGUAUACUAAUGAAGCAAACAUGUCGAUAACAAGUGACCAUUCUCCAAAAUAACAUUAAUUAAUGACAAUCUGAUCAAGAGAACUUUUUACUUCUGUCAAUCAAUGAGCCUUUCACAAAGGUAUUCCGUCAUGAAUAUUUUGCUGUUGUGUGAUGAUAAAAAUCUGAAGAUCUGUGGGAACCCAUUUUUUAAGUGAUUGUUAUCCUUAUAUUCUUGGCAGUAAAUAUGUCAGAUUGUGUGAUUAUCAUUUAUGAUUGUUAGUGCUUGGCUUAUUAAUAAGUUCACUAAUAAUAAUAUAUCUAUGUAGCAGUAAUGAACUUAGGCCUGCCAGCUUUGGAGUUUCUUAAUUAUUUGUCGUCUACCAGUAAAACUGGGGGGACUACCGGUAUACAUCUUGUUCGUAUAUACGUACAUAAUACCAAACUUUGUCAGUGGUCUAAAGGCUUCAUUCCUUGAUGGAUUUUUAUCGAACUUCACACGAUGAUAAAGAACCAUAAUGUCUCAGACAAAAUUGAGUUUCAGGGUUUUUGGGUCAAGGUCAAGGUCACUGCUACUGCUACCAGUAUGCUUGUUCAGAUAGAUUUUAAUUUUUGCUGUUUUUGCUUGAAAUUUUCAAUUGACUUUGUUUUAAGCUCUAAAAAAGAAUCUUAAGCUUGCAUUUAUGUAUUAUAACCAUUUUUAAAGUUGUGAUAAAAUUAUUACUGUCCAGAGUUAGAUAUGGAUUGUGUAUUGUUUAAUCUUAGGGCGAAUUUGUUCUCCUAAAACCAGUUUUAGUUUCGAACCGGUUCUGUAAACUUUCCAUUUGUUGAGUAAACCAGUUUCAAACCACAUCUAAA